GAGGGGGAGGAAGUAUGGAGCACAUAGCUCCAUCUGCUAAAUAGUUUGCACUCUGGAAAAAUCUUUUUCCUGCUUGCAGAGAUUCAAGAUGUUUCUGAAAUCAGCUCCCCAGAGCCUUUCCUGAUUUCCUGGUUCAGGAGGAAAUAGUGGGCUGCAGAGAAUGAAUGAGAUCAGCAGCGAAAGAAGAGAGAGAAUAUUUCUGUGGCUAUACCGGUCCAGAUGAGGACACCUCAAGGCCAGUGCAGCCGCUACUCUCGAUUGAAAUAAUCCAUCAAUGCCUACACGUUCCUCAGAAGCUAUGCGGUCUGACAUCUUUUACAUCUGACAAGAGAAGGAAGCAAUCUGGUUUUAUUCCCCAUUGACAUGACAGGACACUACCUGAACGACCUCCAGGACCACACCUGUAACCACCUGCCUUCUAGCAAAGACGAAUGCAGCCUCCUGCUAGCAGAAAUGCUGAACUCCUGUGGGCAAAACCAAUCCUAGGCAAGCAGGGAUAGAAGAAGAAGGUCAAACCCUGGCUAUGGAAUCUUCUGGAUUUAUGCCACCAGGACUCUGGAGCUGGUUGCUGUUGCUGCUCACCCUCGAGCUCGCCACUGCGUCUUCUGAUUUCAAUUUGUCCAGUUCCUCUGCAUAUGAGAACGAACCCCAGGCACGUGUGGCUGAUGCCGCUGCUGCGGCUGCCACCUCCGAUUCAGAGCAAGGGGAGAGACUGCAUGUUUUCUCCCUGGACUACGACUAUGUGCAGAUCCCUUACGAGGUCACACUCUGGAUUCUUCUGGCGUCCCUUGCCAAAAUAGGUUUCCAUCUCUAUCACCGACUUCCAGGUCUCAUGCCAGAAAGCUGCCUUCUGAUCAUUGUUGGUGCCCUGGUAGGCAGCAUCAUCUUCGGCACCGACCACAAAUCCCCUCCAGUCAUGGAUUCGAGCAUCUACUUCCUGUACCUCCUCCCGCCCAUCGUCUUGGAGGGAGGAUACUUCAUGCCGACCCGGCCCUUCUUUGAGAACUUUGGCUCCAUCCUGUGGUGGUCCGGAAUGGGCGCUCUCAUGAACGCCUUUGGCAUCGGCCUCUCGCUGUACGUGAUCUGCCAGAUCAAGGCUUUUGGGCUCAGCGACGUCAACCUGCUGCAGAACCUGCUCUUCGGCAGCAUGAUCUCGGCUGUGGACCCCGUGGCUGUCCUGGCUGUCUUUGAGGAGGCUCGGGUGAAUGAGCAGCUCUACAUGAUGAUCUUCGGGGAGGCUCUCCUUAAUGAUGGAAUCAGCGUGGUGUUAUACAACAUAUUAAUCGCCUUUACGAGGAUGCAUAAAUAUGAAGACAUAGAACCUAUUGAUAUUCUAGCUGGAUUUGCUCGCUUCAUUGUGGUGGGGAUUGGGGGAGUGUGUUUUGGAAUUAUCUUUGGAUUCAUUUCAGCCUUUAUCACACGUUUCACUCAGAACAUUUCUGCCAUUGAACCGCUGAUCGUCUUCAUGUUCAGCUAUUUAUCAUACUUAGCUGCUGAAACACUCUACCUCUCUGGCAUCCUAGCGAUCACAGCCUGUGCCGUGACCAUGAAAAAGUACGUGGAAGAGAAUGUGUCCCAAAAGUCCUAUACCACCAUCAAGUACUUCAUGAAGAUGCUAAGCAGUGUCAGUGAGACCCUGAUCUUUAUCUUCAUGGGCGUGUCGACGGUUGGAAAAGACCACGAGUGGAACUGGGCUUUUGUCAGCUUCACCCUCGCCUUCUGCUUGAUCUGGCGGGCAAUAAGUGUAUUUGCUCUCUUCUAUGUCAGUAACCAGUUUCGGACUUUCCCCUUCUCCACUAAGGACCAGUGCAUCAUUUUCUACAGUGGCCUUCGAGGAGCUGGAAGUUUUUCACUUGCAUUUUUGCUUCCACUGUCUCUUUUCCCUAGGAAGAAAAUGUUUGUUACAGCUACUCUUGUAGUUAUAUACUUUACUGUAUUCAUUCAGGGAAUCACAAUUGGUCCACUGGUUAGGUACCUAGAUGUGAAGAAGACCAAUAAGAAGGAGUCCAUCAAUGAAGAACUUCACAUCCGUCUGAUGGAUCACUUGAAAGCUGGAAUUGAAGAUGUAUGUGGACAGUGGAGCCACUAUCAAGUGAGAGACAAGUUUAAAAAGUUUGACCACAAAUAUCUACGGAAAGUCUUGAUCCGGGAGAACCAACCCAAAUCCAGCAUUGUUUCUCUAUACAAGAAACUGGAAAUGAAGCAGGCUAUUGAGAUGGUCGAAACUGGGAUCCUGAAUACUACAGCCUUUGUGAUUCCACUCCAGACCCAGAGAAUUCAAGGAACCAAGAGGCUUUCCCCAGCCGACGUGGAGUCCAUGAGGGACAUUCUCAGCCACAACAUGUACCAAGUGCGACAAAGGACACUAUCGUACAACAGACACAACCUGAAAACAGAGACAAGUGAGAAACAGGCCAAGGAAAUUCUCAUCCGUCGCCAACACACCUUCAGGGAGAGUAUGAGGAAAAGCAGCAGCCUGCCAUGGGGGAAAUCGCCUGGCCCCAAAAAUGUCCGUUACCUCUCCUUCCCAUAUAGCGAUGCACGAGCAAUGUGGAGAGACACCAGGAUGGCAACUUUUUCAGGUGCAGAUCGCAGUGAUUCCAGCUUUCCUUUGGGAAUGUUUAGUGGACAUCCCCGGACAGGGUCCCUCCAAGAAAGACGCCAGCAGCAGAAGAUGAUUCCAAUGGAAAAGGCUCGUAGAGGGGGGGGUUCUUUAAACCUGGGUAUUCCAAGAAAUCCAAACCAAGACCAUCCAAUGGGCAGGGAAAGAAAGCCAUCUUUGAUGCCAAGGCCCCAAUUUCAUGCAGUAGAUGAGGAGUUUGAGUCAGGAGAAGAAAGCGGGGAAGGAGCACAGCCAACAUGGACAGCUGAACCCAGAGAUGGAAGAGAAUUUCACAAGUUCCACAGUCCUCUACUCCACAGAAAUUAACACUAGCCUUCCCACAAUACUUUUCCUGUGUUGUCUCAGUAAUGUCUACACCCGGCAUGUCACUUUGCUAAAAAAGUGUCCAAAGUUCUAAGGAGAACAGAAGGUUUGCCAAAUCAUAUCAACUCUGUCUCUCUGAAGCCAUAGAAAACUAUCAGAAUGGGUGGGUGAGAGAGCUGGAAGUUCAAAGAAAUUGUGUUUGGGAAGACUGAGCAUUCACUAAAAAAGCUGAAUUGUAUUCUAAACUUUUUGGUUCCUAGCUCAUAAGAUAAUCUGAACAGUGCUUGAUAUUCAGUAUUGUGUAUUCCCCAUUUGGACUGUGAGCCCAUCACUGGGCAGGG